GCCGGGUGGAGCGGAGCCUCAGUGUCCCGGUAGAGUCUCCUGAUCCCGGACAACAUGGCCCCCGUGGACCCCUGCAGCUUCUCCUCCGCCGCCCGCUGCGUCACCAGACACCUGAACCUGAAGCUGCGCGUGGACUUCCCCCGGCAGGUGAUCAGCGGCUCGGUGGCGCUGACGGUGGAGGCUCUGGAGGACCGGUUCAACACGCUGACUUUAGACUCCAGAGAUCUGACGAUCGUCUCCGUCAGCGCCAACGGACAGACGGCCAAGUUUACUACGGGCCCUAAACACACCUUCAAGGGUUCACCGCUGGAGGUCACGCUGCCCUUUGACCUCAACAGGGGGCAGCAGGUGGUGGUGCAGGUCGUCUACGAGACGUCUCCGGCUGCGUAUGCGCUGCAGUGGCUCUCUCCUGCGCAGACGGCGGGAAAGAAGCAGCCGUACCUGUUCAGCCAGUGUCAGGCUCAUCACUGCAGGAGUAUGAUUCCCUGUCAGGACACACCGUCAGUCAAACACACGUACUACGCUCAGGUGUCUGUCCCUAAGGACCUGGUGGCGGUGAUGAGCGCGAUGAGAGACGGACAGGAAGUGGAUCCUGAGGACAACAGCCGGAUCAUCUACCGGUUCAGACAGCCGGUGCCCAUGCCGUCCUACCUGAUCGCCAUCGUGGUCGGCGCUAUGGAAAGCAGGGAGAUCGGCCCGAGGUCCCGAGUCUGGUCCGAGAAAGAGUUGGUGGACAAAGCAGCACUCGAGUUCUCUGAGACUGAGCUGAUGCUGAGGACAGCUGAGGACCUGGCUGGUCCGUAUGUUUGGGGUCAGUACGACAUCCUGGUUCUUCCUCCUUCGUUCCCGUACGGCGGCAUGGAGAACCCCUGUCUCACCUUCGCCACGCCCACGCUGCUGGCGGGGGACAAGUCUCUGUCCAACGUGAUCGCUCACGAGAUCUCCCACAGCUGGACCGGAAACCUGGUGACCAAUAAGACCUGGGAGCACUUCUGGCUGAACGAGGGUCACACCGUCUACCUGGAGCGGAUGAUCGGACGCAGCAUGAUCAGCGAACACUUCAGACAGUUCAAAGCUAUGGGGGGCUGGAAAGACCUGCAGGACUCGGUGAACACCUUUGGGGCCAACAACCCCCUGACCAACCUGGUCCCCAGCCUGCAGGAGGUGGACCCUGAUGACGCCUUCUCCUCGGUGCCGUAUGAGAAAGGCUUCGCUCUGCUGUACCACCUGGAGGAGCUGAUGGGGGGGCCAGAGGUGUUCAUGGGUUUCGUGAAGUCCUACAUCCAGAUGUUUGCGUACGGCAGCGUGACCACCGACGAGUGGAAGAACUACCUGUUCACCUACUUUAAGGACAAGGUGGACAUCCUGAACAAGGUGGACUGGAACGCCUGGAUGUUCACCCCUGGGAUGCCCCCGGUCAAACCUCAGUACGACACCACGCUGGCUGACGCCUGCAUCGCUCUGAGCCAGAGGUGGAUCCAGGCCAAAGACCAGGACCUGAGCAGCUUCUCAGAGUCCGACCUGAAGACGCUGUCGUCCCACCAGGUCAUCGAGUUCCUGUCCCUCCUGCUGCAUGAGGACCCGCUCCCCCUGACCCAUGUGAAGAGGAUGCAGGAGGUUUAUGAUCUCAACGCCAGCAUGAACUCAGAGAUCCGUUCCAGGUGGCUGAGGCUGUGUGUCCGGUCCAGGUGGGAGGACGCCGUCCCCCUGGCCAUGAAGAUGGCCACGGAGCAGGGCCGCAUGAAGUUCACCAGGCCGCUCUUCAGAGAGGUGUUUAACUUCGACAAGUACCGCGACGAAGCGCUUCGAAUGUUCCAGGCUCACCGAGCCGCCAUGCACCCGGUCACCGCCGGACUCGUCGCCAAGGACCUGAAGGUGGACGCCAGCAGCACAACCAGUCUGUAGAACCACCAGAACCCAGUCUGAACCACCAGAACCCAGUCUGAACCAGUCUGAACCACCAGAACCCGGUCUGAACCACCAGAACUCCAAGAACCCCGUCAAUAAUUUGACUGUUUGGUUUUGUUCUGUCUGUAAAUGUUCUCGGGGCAGAAGAAAAAAUAAAAUGUGUUUUAAGGAAA